CGACUCGUGCGCUCGGCGUCCGGCUGUGUCGUGUAAUUCCCGGAAAUUAGUCCGUUUAUUUAUUUGUGUGAACAUUUGAUAAAAAGUUUCAAUAAUGGUGCAGUGCAAGAAAUGCAACAAGAAUGUGUCAUUGGCGAAAGACGAUUUUAUAAAAUGUAAAGGGACAUGUGAUUUAGUGUUUCAUAAAAAAUGUAUCACAAAAACGACAUUUAAAAACGAAAAAUGUGAAGAUUGUGUGUCCGCGCUCGACUCGCCUAGUCUUGACGACUCCAAUUUAAGAUGUAUUCUGGCUGAAAUGAAUAGAAAAAUGGAUAUUAUCUACAAUAUGGAGAAAAAGCUAAGCGAGUUGACAGACUUAGUCGAUUUUAUAUCUGAAAAAUACGACAAGCUGUGUGAGCAUCAAGUCUUAACAGAAAAAAAGAUAAAGGCUUUAGAAAACAAAAACGAAUUUCUGGAAAAAUGUAAUAAAUCCCUAGAGGAGCGGGUGAACGAUUUGGAAGAAGUAGACAGGGAGAAAAAGGUGGAGUUAUGUGGCUUGGAGAAGAAGAAUAACGAGGAUAUUACUAAGGUGGUAGUCCAAAUGGCUCAAAAACUACAGCUCGAAUCCAGCGAGAUUGAGCACGCAGAGAGGGUUGGACGAGAAAAACCUGGUUCAGAGAAACCACCGCCGGUAGUAGUCACGCUAAAAACAAAAGCUGCGCGUAACGAAUGGAUUGGGAAACGUAAAACAAACCUGACGAAUGGCCAAAUAUAUGGCACACCUAAUGAGAACCGUGUUUACAUCAACGAAAACCUAACCCGAUAUAAGCGAAGCUUACUAUGGUCUACAAAGAUUCAGCUUAAAAAAACCCAUAAAUACAUUUGGGUACAAGAUGGUAAGAUACUAAUAAGAAAAAGUGACGAUCAGAAAAAAAUUAUGUCAAUUCGUAACGAAAGCGACAUUCAAAAAAUUGUAAACAACGACCCACCUUUCGAGGCCCGCUAGUUAUACCUACACAGGUCGCAAGCGCACAUAGUGCGGAGUGCACACAGCGUGUUCACAACAAUAAAUAAAAAUGGAUCCUUACGAAGCUAUUGUUACACAGGAGUGUCAUUAUGAUCGUUUUUUAAAUUUUACAGCUUGGAACCAAACUAUUUCAAGUAGAAUAAACAAUUUAAAUAUAUUACAUUUAAAUAUUCGUUCACUGAGAAAAAACUUUAAUGAACUUCUUGUAUUAUUAAAAUACAGCAUACAAAACAUACAUGUGUUGGUGUUGUCCGAGGUUAAUGUUAGAGCAGAUGAGAUACAAUUAUAUGGUAUAGAAGGAUACAGCUUAUUUUCAAAAACAAGAGAGAACAAAAGAGGAGGUGGAUUAAUUAUAUACGUCAAAAAAGACCUUAAUUUUCUAGAAAAAAGAACACAGAUACAAUCAGCAGAAGUGUUGCAUGGUGAGCUCAAUGUGGACAAUUAUAUUUUAAAUAUCAUCGCAGUUUACAGGCCACCAAAGACGAAUAAAUUACAAUUUAUAUCGGACCUAGAACAAAUCAUAAGAAAUAUCCCAGAAAAUGAAAAUAUUAUUGUAAUAGGCGACAUCAACAUAAAUCUAAUAGGAGUAAGUGAUAUACGCUAUGUAUCCAAAUAUAAGGACUGCUUGUGUGAACUAGGCCUACAGUGUGCCAUACCGGCCGGCGAGGUGACGCGGGAAGCGAUCGUCGCGGGUGUAAGUGAAAGGUCGAGCAUCGACCACGCGUGGGUGCGAGCGAGACAGCUGCGUAACUGCGCGUCCUACGUUAUUGAAUGUUAUUUAUCGGAUCAUCAUAUUAUUGGUGUAUCAUUUCCUUUAGCUUCUAAAAUAGUCA